AUUUCUCGAUAAUUAAGAAGCAAAAUUCACAUUAAAAAUAUUGCACUUAUCAACCAUGGCUAGUCUCCCUCCCGAUCUUGUUCAUGAAAUACUUUCGUUACUACCCGUUAAAGCUCUUCUUAAGUUUAAGUUAGUUUGUAAAGAAUGGUACAAUUUAAUUCAAAGUCCGGGUUUUAUUGAAUAUCAUUAUAAUCGUUCUCUCGAAAUGAACAACAAUGUCUCCCUAGUAACUAUUCAAGAUUCAACCCUAUAUCAUAUUCACGACCUUAAUAGUUUCACCCACUUCACGAAAAUUGAGUUACCGUGUCAGUUUAAUUAUCAAGUUCGUGGAUCGUGCAAGGGCUUGUUAUGUCUUAGGUCAAAACAAGGCUUAUUUUUGUGCAACCCGGCUACACGCGUGCUUAAACCCGUGGAGGUUCCCAAAGGUAUAAACUUUGAUUGUUCUUCCACUAGUUUAAUUGGGUUUGGGUUUGAUCAUAUUAGUGAUGAUUUUAAGAUUCUAAUGGUAUUAAUGCAUUAUCAAACAUGGGUUUAUAGCUUAAAGUCGGAUUCUUGGAGAAGAAUUGGGUCAACGCCAUGUGGGUUAUUUAUUAGUGAUCGUCACGGUGGUGCUGUGUUCAAUAACAACAAGUUGCAUUGGCUUUGCCCAAACAAACAAAGAAUUGUGUGUUUUGAUCUACAUGAUGAAGAGUUUGGUGAAGUACCUAUUAUGUCUUAUAGUCAACAUCUAGACAUUGAAUGGAUGCAUCUAGUUGACUUUGAUGGUUGUUUAUGCCUUUCCUUUUCGACAAUUUCACGCCCGAUAGACUGGUAUGCGGAAACCCAUGUGUGGAUCAUGAAGGAGUACAAUGUUAAAGAAUCGUGGAUUCAAUUAUUUCAUUUACGUGACACAGAGCUAUACCCUUUGACGUAUAACAAAUAUCAAAACCAGAUUAUAUUCCGAGAGUCCUACGAAAGGAGCAUAUGUCAAUAUAACUUAAAAGGAGACAACGAUAUACACUAUGUUGAUGGGUUUUUUCCAGGAAAUUAUAUUACAGGUAAAACCAUAACAUCUUGUAUAGACGGUUUAACUCCGUUCUUGUGUGGGGGAAAGACUCAAACUGCAAUUAUCAAUGACAAAGCUUAAGAAUUAAGGUCGAUUUUAUUAUAGAUUUAUACGAGUAUAAGUAUCUAGGUAUAAGUGUUUGCAAGAUUAUUAUCCAAGAAGUUUCAAUAUUUUAUGCAAUUUUUUUUUUUUUGGGGGGGACAAAUUGUAGUUAUUAUUUUUACAAAAUUGUGCUUCUAUUGUUUCUCCUUGUUUGUCCCGUUUGCCUUUUUCCAUAGUUUUGUCUCGUUUGCAAAUUAUACUAUUGCAUAGCUUAAUAAUACUUCAAAAAGUUUCAA